UUCAACUCCCCGAUACAGAGAUCGUCUUCUGCAAGAAAGAGCUAGAGGAAGAAGAGGGGGAGAAGAGAGAGGAGGAAGGAGGGGAGAGUUAAGGUCGUCGCUCGUCAGCCAUGACCGUCGCCAUGAGGAGGACGGGGCUCGUUCUGCCGGUGCUCGUGGCGGCGGUGGCGGUGGUGCUGCUCAUGGCGGCGACCGGCGCGGAGGCGCGGCCCUUGGGCGGCGGCGGCGACGGGUGGGCGGCCACGGGGGCCGGGCCGCUGCCGGGCGGCGGCGUGUUCAUCGUCGAGACGCUCCGGCGGCUGUACCUGCAGCAGCUGGGAGGGCCGGGGGCGUCGUGCCAGACCAACAGCCCCAACAACGGCUGCCCUCCGUAGGACCGUGGCCGACGACGACGGCGCAUGCAUCUGAUGGGUCGGCCGUGCGCCCGCCGCGCGUGUGCUCAGCUCGCUUCGCAAGAUCUGACGAUGAUCUCUCGUCGCGUGCCCAUCCGAGAGCUGUGCGCGGAGGAUCAUCGUGUCCAGGGCCGCGCGCCAUCGAUGGACAAAGAGGCAUGGAGAUGGAGCUCUCAAUGGCACAAUCCAAUGGCUGCGCGCCCACGGUCGAUCGCUACAGUUUUGCCGUUGCUAAUCGAUGGUUGAUAGAUUCGUUGAUUGAUUGGUUUUCUGAUAGCUUUUUUGCCCACGUGGCCACGUAUGUUUUGAGUACGACGGACGGUGGGUGCCAAUUUGUACAGACAACAUAUACAUGCAUGCUUGAAUAUGCAAAAUGAAAUGUAAAUUUGCUGCUUUUUUAAUGAAUAACAUGAAAGGGUUUUACUUCUUUUGCAAA